AUGGCUGCGGCGGACCCGCCGGCUGGUCUCUUGGACAUCGCUAGCACUCUUUCCCAGGAUGACAUUCCUUUCAAGCUGCGAUGCGCCAUCUGCAACAAGCUGGCGGUGAACGCGUUUCGCCUGCCAUGUUGUGACCAGUCUAUAUGCGAGGCUUGUCAAACAUCACUCUCGGACACUUGCCCCGUAUGCGCUCAUAACCCCGUCUCUCCCGAUCUCUGCAAGCCUAAUAAGGCUCUACGAACCACCUUGAAAGUCUUUUUGCGUACCGAGGAGAAAAAGCGCGAGAAGGAACGCCAGUCAGCCGCUGCUACUCCCACUCCAGCCACCCCAGUAGUAGAGACUCUUGCAUCAUGCGAGCAGCCCUCCAUUGAAGUUCCCGUCGAGCAGAAUCGGGCUGCAGAUAUUGUGGCCCAGGUGCCAAAUGCACCUAAAGUCGAGGGCGAAGUCGAGGCAACAGCCGCAGGGUCAGAUCGCGCUCCGACCGAAGAUGCCCUGGCAGAAAGCAAAGAAUCAGACCCUGUGCAAAAUGGUGGCACUGAAACAGUCCCGCUGGUCUCUGAGUCUGAGGCUAUUGACCAGUCCACUGGAAUUACCACGGCCACCGACGAAGCCAAACAGCUCGCCAACCAAGAAGAAAUGGCCCAGUCUGAAUCUGUCCAACCCUCCGAGGACCUACCUCUGCAGCCGAACGGUAACAUGAUGAAUAUGGGUCAAGGAGGCUUCCAAGGCAUGGGCUGGAACGGGAUGAACCCCUUCCUGUCCAACAUGCUCAACUAUCAAAACCAAAUGGGCAUGAACCUGUCAAUGGAUCAAAUGGCCGCAAAUCAGGAAAUGUUCGGAGACUACGGAACGAACAUGGCUGGAAUGGGCAUGGGCAUGGGCACGGGCAUGGGAAUGAAUUAUAACGGACAGGGCAUGUAUGGAUCGUCAGGAUGGGAUGGCUCAUGGCAGAAUGCUCAAGAUAAUUACAAUCCAAAUGCUUUUGCAAAUGGCGGUGGCCCUCAUGGAGCAUUUGGUGGGCCUAAUAUGCCCUACCCUUCUAACCCAGAAUACCAGUCUGGCUACUCCGGCCAAGGAUAUGGUUAUGGAGGAUAUCGAGGUGGACGCGGAGGCUUCCAGGGCUCUGGCCGGGGAGGCUUUACUUCUGGCCACGCAAUUUACAACACAAAUUCGGAAUCAGACACUGUGGUGACAUCUAAUGGAGCUGAUAACGCCGAUGGAGCUGUUCUCAAUGGAGACGGACCUCAUGCCAACGGGAAUAGCGGUCCUGAUUCAGUAUCCCAAGAAACUACACAUGAAGGCAGAUCAGAGCCCGUGUCGGAUGAACAUGGAGCAGUAGGCCAGCAACUACAAGGUAUCCCCACUAUUGAAACUCUGGAUCAAUCCAUGUCGAAUAGCAAUCACGGCUGGCAAGGCCCCGGGUAUGGCCGUGGUGGGUUCCAAGGCCCUGCUGGUCGCGGCCGUGGCUACUGGGGUGGCCAGAUGCCCAUGAACGGCGGUUACCAAGCUCCCAUGCCACCCAAGGCACCAGUUGUCGAAGCAUGCUUCGGCAGCGGGCUUUCCAGCAGGGUCGAGGAACAGGGGGCAAUAAGAUCCCGGUACUGUCGCAAGGUGGGGAUUCUGAAACCCCCCCAAGACAACACACAAGCGGGAUCUCCUACCCAGCCAGAUCCUCAAACACAGCAGCCAGCUCUAAGGUCUCGAUCCCCAUCUCAAGGCCAAUCCUCCCGCGCACGCUCGGCCACAGCAAACCUGGUCAUCGAUGACAAAAUGAACUCCCGACAGCGUGAUUCGAACCGCUCUGACGAUGUCCAAAAAGGCCGUACUAACGGCCAUCGUUCAUCAGGUGGCGCAGAUCGCCACAAUGGCAGAGGCCGCCGAGAUGAAUAUCGCCCAGCACGGUCUCACGGUCACCGCAGUCGCGCCAAUAGCCGCACCCGUAGUCGAAGUCGGAGUCGAAGUCGGAGUCGCAGUCGCAGUCACAGUCCAGGAAAGAAUGGUGGCUCGCGUCAUUCCAGUCGACUCCCACCCGCUAUCGACGACAAGCGGCUCAACAAGCUCAAGGAAUCUUCAGACACAGGCGGAUCUCGUGACUUAGCCAGUCGAGUGAGCAGCCGCCAUUCGAGUAAGGAUAGAUCCUCACGUCGUGAUGAUGAGCGCGAGCGAGAGAGAAACAGAGAUGGCGACAGAGUUCGUUCUAGUCGCCGCCGCGACCAUGACCGCAACCGUGACCAUGACCAUGAUCGUGAUCGCCGAGACCGAGACCGAGCCCGAGAUUCCGAUAGAGAUCACCGACGAGACCGAGACCGAGAGUCCGGCAGAGAUCGCAACCGCGAACGAGACCACAAUAACGAGCGUGGCCAUGAUCGCAACGGACGAGAGCGCGAACGAGACCGCAAAAGAUCUCGCCGAGAUCGAUCCGAGUCCGCCAAUGUCAGCGACCAUUCCUCACGCCCCCAACCCCGACGACCCAGGCGCGAACCAAACAACGACCGCUCUCGAGGCCGUACCUCCAGACCAGAAAGCUCAAAGGCAAGCUCCAAGGAAACACCCAAGGAAGCUGAGAAAGAUCCCUACACACUUGCUCGCGAAGCCGCCAAUCGUGAACGCGUCCUUAGGGAACAACAGAAUCGUGGGGCUAAGUCUGCGCCGAAGAGUAGUCGUCGGGAUAGUCGACAGGAACGUGUUGUUGGUGGUCGUCGACUGAACUACAAAUAUGAGGAUGAGCUUUGA